CCCCCCGCCUGUCCAUCACUCCAGGUCUCCCACCCCCUCAAGCUAGGGUGAGCUGUGCCUACGUCGGCCUCGACUCCUGGGGUCUGGAGGAGUUACCUUUGGAACCCGAAAGAAGGAAGGAAGCAAAAUAUCAACAACAGUCAAGGCGGCUCGGGCGCUCGGCCCCGGUCCCUCGCUUGCCCGCCGCCCGCCUGCCCGCCCCCGCGCGCACGACGGGGGCCCAGGCCCCCCGGCGCCGCCCAGGGCCCGCGCGGACGCCGGUCUCAUUUAAUAUUCCCCGCGCCCGGAGCUGCGGCUUCCCGCUUUUGAAGAUUCCACCCCCGGACCAGGGGCGAGGGCCACCCUCUCCUUGCCGUGACACCCCAUUUCUCCCUGCGGGGCUGGAGACUGUACACAAGGUGUUACACAGACCAUGAACUGAGUGCUGAUUCCAGAUAUUAAUGAGCACAGUGUAAGGUGUGCCCAGACCUGCCACCCAGCAACCCCUCCCUCACUAGCACUGAGGACCUCCAGAGAAGAUGGGGAGGAAAAAGAUUCAGAUCCAGAGAAUCACCGAUGAGCGGAACCGACAGGUGACAUUCACCAAGCGGAAGUUUGGGCUGAUGAAGAAGGCCUACGAGCUGAGUGUGCUGUGUGACUGUGAGAUUGCUCUCAUCAUCUUCAACCACUCCAACAAGCUGUUCCAGUAUGCCAGCACCGACAUGGACAAAGUGCUGCUCAAGUACACUGAGUACAAUGAACCGCAUGAGAGCCGCACUAACGCCGAUAUCAUCGAGGUGGGCCCAUUUGCGCACACCAGCUGCUGCCCACAUCCACACACCCCUCAUGACCCUUUUCUCUGUGCACACACAUACAAGCCCAUCUCCUCUCACUCAAAUCCAGGCCCCAAGGAAGAAGAAGGGGCAGUAGAGGCAUACAGCCAAGAAUGUCUCAGGUGGGGCUUCCCACUCCACCCUCCCCACCAGGGAUCUGUCUUCCUAUCUGCCAGGUGUGACAGAGCAUCCCCCUGUCUUCUUCUCUCAUGUUCUCUCUCUCUCUCUCUCUCUCUCUCUC